UUUUUUAAUAUUAUGGAUAGUAACUAUUGUUGGCAAGAUGACGAAAUAAACAGUUCUGACCAAGAUGAAAAAGUGGAAACCCUAUCUGUACAACAAAAAUUGUCACCUGAUGAAUUAGUUGAUAUUGAAACUAAAACCAAAAAUUCAAUAAUUGAACAGACAAAACAAUUUGGUUUUCAUUUUAAACAAUGCGAACUAAUUGUCGAAACUGCUUAUCGGGUUGCCGAUUAUAUACCCGAAAAACUAGACAAUCAACAAGAUGAUAUAUGGCAAAAUAAGAUAAUUCCAAUGUUAAUUGAUAGUCUUAAUCAAGAUGUAAAAUUUCGUGGUGUAACUAUUGACUGUUUUUCAGCUGUGCGAAGUUUGACUUUAACUAUACAUAAUACCAAUAAAAUUCUUAAUGAUAGUAAAGGUAGCGCUGUAGCAAUUAAAAUUGCCCAGAAAAACAUACCAGAUGCUUUAAAAACAUUGGAUAAUUGUAUUGAUGAAGCUCAUAAAUUGAAUGAUAGUGCAAUUGAAACAUUUAGCGAACACAUUACAGAUCUUUUAAAAAUUAUUGGCCCCGAAGCAGCAAACUUUACUGAUCAAAUAGUUAGUUUGGUAUCGGCAAUUAAUAAAUAUUAUGAAAAAAAAUAUAAUCUCUAUAAUCGUGUUGUAGUACUAGAAGGUGAUAGGGAUAAAUAUGAUCAUUUAAUCAAUGCUAUUGAUACUUAUAUAGAAAGCUUACAAAUUGAUGUUAAUAAUACUGAUAAACUUAGCGAUAAAAUGGAACAAACUAAAUUAUACUUAUUAGAUAUUGUCAAAAAUAUUAAAGAUAAAUUUCUAGUACCUAAACAAGAAUCAACCACAUAUAAUCUAUUUGGUUUAAAAUUGUGGGAAAAAAAUUUGAUCCAAUUGAUUUUGUUGAAGAUUAUAAUCCUCAUAAAGAAUCGGAAUCUAAGCAUUAUGAAAAUCUUAUUCGUAUGCAUGCUGAACAAAUAAUGGCUAAUGAUAAUAAAAAAAAAUCUAAAAAAGAUUUAAUAUUGGAUCUAGAACAACAAAAAGCUGAUUAUAUUAAACAAUUAAAUAUAGCUAAUAAAGAAUUAGAAAUUCUAUCUAAGGAUAUAGAAAAUAGAUUAAAUAAUAUCGAUAAACAAAUUAAAAUUUAUUACGAUAAAAUUGACACAUAUAAUAAAAAUACUAUUAAAAUUUCUGAAAAAUAUGGACUACCAAACAAUAAAUUGAUUGAAUGUUUAAUAAAUGUUCGGUCGUUUGCCAAAUCAAUUAAGCCAGGUGCAUCAGCAUAUUCGCCAUUGUAUGCCUUAUUAAAAGAUAUUAAAACAAUUGUUCAAUCGUAUGUCGAUUUUUUGAUUAUGAGCGAAAAUGCUGGUGAAAUAUUUAUGGCUUGUCAAUAUUUGAUGCGUCAAGUUGAAUUUUUGUCAAACUAUAAUUCACUUGCAAUCGAAAUAUUUUCAUCAUCUGAACAAUAUAAUGAUUAUAUAAAAAUGUUGGAUACAAAAGUUACUGCAAUGGCUAUUAAAGAUUAACAAAUUAUUAUACU